AACCCAUAUAAUAUAAGAGUAAAAGCGCAUAUUUUCCUCUCGUGUAGUUAAUACUUUCGGCUCAUGAUAGCUAAUCCGCGUAAUUCUGAAGGGCUACCAACUACGGGAAUGAUGACGGAGAAAGAGGUUUUAUGCGGGGAUCUAAUGGCAGCGGCAUUAAAAGCUAUGGUUAAAAGAUAUGGGAAAGCAAUUAGAACUAACCCCCUAUUCCCUAGCAAAAAUGAUUCCGGGGUAAUUUCAAAGAAGGCAUUGAACGUAUGGUGGUCCCAACAGAAAAAUAAUAAACAGAAAGGUAAAUAUGCAGCAAUGUGCGUAGUGAUGGCAUAUAAAAGCGCAGCACACAAACUCAAACAAUAUGAGGGAGAGCUGGAGCGCUGUCGUAGCGAAAUAGACGAGCUGCAAAGGUGUCGUAGCGAACUAGACAGCAAAAACAAACUGUUAGCUAAGGUACAGGAGGAUUUGUACAAGGCUCCCCCAUAUUCACAGGUUAUGGAUGAUAUAUCUGUAGAGCCUAGUGCCCCAAUGGCCCCCAUAGCAGUAGACUCGAUUCCGAAUCCGGAUCGGAGUGAGGGACAGCCAAGUAUUAUAACACAAAUCAAACAUACACCACUAAGUCCUUCUGAUUUGCGUAGCAUGGUUCGGGAAUUACCCGAUCUCAAAAGAUAUGACCCGAACAUGGCGUUUUGGGAGAAAAUAGCACAGUACAUGACGGUGGGGGGAUUACAUGCUUUCGACGUUUAUGUGUUAACAAAGGCAAAAUGUCCAAGUGCUGUAUGGAGCGAGUUGGGGGAAUUUAAUAACUCUGCAUGGGCAUCUGUCCGCUUCACAUCCACGCUUGAGAUGGAAGAAGCAGUGGAAAAGUUCAGGAAGACCGUUUAUAAAGCUCUAGGUACAGGUUCCAAUCUGUAUUCAUUAUAUCUUACCCGCCAACAACGCGAAGAUGAACCUUUUGAUAGGUAUAUUGACGAGAAAUACAGUUUGUACUCCACAUAUGGUAAUGCAGGUGACAAUCCAAGUAAAGAUAACCCCGAUUUCCUGAUGAAUGUACUCGAGGGAAGUGUAGCUUUAUACCGAGACACAGCGGGUAAGGCUGGUUUUCGACCGAAGGAUUGUAGCGACUUAAUUUCGUGGGCUGCAUGUUUAAAUAAAUACCAUAGUGGUGUAAACAAGGGGGGCGCAAGAUCAGGUCUGAGGUCACAUUCUCACAAUAAAGCACCCCUCCACAUGGCUCCGGUACAGGAGAUAGCUCCUUGCAGCAACUGUGGGAGAUCAGGGCAUAGCCAGGCGGACUGUCACAGAGGGAGAAGGACCCAAUGUAAGAUCUGUCACAAAUAUGGACACGUUGCCCAGGCAUGCAGAUCUGGGAAUAACCAGUCAGAACGAGGUAGCCAGCUCCAAGACAUGUCAAAAGACGAACUCGUUAGAUUAAUUAAAUCGCUUGAAACCUCAGAAUAGGAUACGUCGGCCCCCAUUGCAUCAGGUGUUGAGGUUUCGUUCUAAUAGCAUAAGGACGUGGACACCAUAAGUCCCUAAAUAUUCUUAAUUUAUGAGCCCAAGAUAAGGGAGUAACAGUAAAUAAAUAAAUAAAUAAAUAAAUAAGGGUUAUGAGCCCAAGAUAAGGGAGUAACAGUAAAUAAAUAAAUAAAUAAAUAAAUAAAUAAGGUAGCACACAUAUGAUUGACCCCUAGUGGCACAUCCUAACACCAUCCUUUCCACAGUUUCUCAUGUAAAAUACACGCUGAGCAAUGUUGGCUUCAAGCUGACACUGAGGAUGAGACUGGGUGACGCAGCCACCAGCCGUGCUCCUCUCCGUGAAAGCGGGACUGAGUAAUUAACACUGAGUAAUUAACAUUUGCUUUCACCCUUUGAAAUUCCUACAGGUUGACCCAUGAGGACUCCUGGUGGGUAGUGUAUUGACGGGAAAUUGCAUGUAAUGGGUGACCGUUUAGGUAAACAUUGCAGGCUUUUGUCCUAAGUGUGUUCCACAGGAUCACAGAACUGGACCUGACCCGGCUGAGGACAAAGAAAUGCCUGGUUGAACCUGGAGACAAGGUCCUGGUGAAAAACAUAAUCGGCAAAAUUUGGUCUGGACCACACAGGCUCACGAUUCCAUCAGCUGCUUCCAGUGACUGGAACUCCAGUGUGGUUCCAUUACAUUACAGGCAUUUCCGCAUUCAAUAGUUAAGGAAAUACAAGGGUGAGACCCAACAUGGGGCACAAUAAUCCCCGUCUACCCUUAUAGCCCCUGGGGGCUAUCUCUCUUUCCGUGUCUCCAAUCAGACACGUUUCCAGGACAAGAAUGUGCACCAACCUUGCAAGCUGCAGUUGGAUUUGGGAUGACUUCACAGCGACAUCUUCAUCAUUAUGUUGUCAUGUUGGAUAUUUUUGUCAUUAUAUUGUAAUGUUGUAUAUAGUCUGAGAGUGUGGGUUGAUACAGGAAUAGGUUGGGAGGAGGCAAUUAAAAUAUUGGAAAAGUUUUAUAUUAAUUAGGAUAAAAAGGUUGCAGGACUGGAGGAAGAUGGUUGUCCCACUCGGAAGGCCAUAUACGGAUAUGCCCUUCAGCUAAGAGGUGAGGCACAUGCAGCCCUCCAGAGAAGCCUGGCACAUGCCCUAAAUUGUAUAAAGCCUGGCACAUGCCCUAAAAUGUAUAGUGGACCUAAAUGUUUAAUUCCUCUGAAAGAGAGCCUCUGCCUGCCCUAGUGGCUGUAUCAAUCAGACACGCUCACAUAGUCAUUAAUCACUGGUGUAAAACGCUUCAGGUUAGGUUAGGUUUUCUUUGUAACAAAAUUAUAUAUAUUAGAUAUAAUUAGGAAACAUAAGGAUAUCGCAUGAUGGGAGGGAGCCACUGGGUCCACAGCAAAUG